AUGGCUGCACGUCUCGCUAAGAGCGCCAUUGGCGCAUCCCGUCUUCGGCCGGCUAUUCCCGCCCGUGGUGUCCCUGCCGUCACUGCCAACCUGACCUCGUCUCGCUCGGCCUCCAACGUGCCCGCCGAGGAGCCCGCUAAGAAGGCUCAGUCGAUCCUCAACGCUAUCCCCGGCAACUCCCUGGUCACCAAGACCGCCACCCUGUCUGCCGCCGCCGGUCUGUCCAUUGCUGCCAUCAGCAACGAGCUGUACGUCAUGAACGAGGAGACCGUCGCUGCCUUCUGUUUGCUUUCCGUCUUCACCGCUGUCGGCAAGUACGGUGGCCCUGCUUACCGCCAGUGGGCUGAGGGUCAGGUCCAGAAGCACAAGGACAUCCUGAACGCUGCCCGUGCCGACCACACCAACGCUGUCCAGCAGCGCAUCGACAACGUCUCCCAGAUGUCCGGCGUUGUUGAGGUUACCAAGCAGCUCUUCGCUGUUUCCAAGGAAACCGCCCAGCUCGAGUCCCAGGCCUACGAGCUCCAGCAGCGCACUGCCCUCGCUGCCGAGGCCAAGACCGUCCUCGACUCUUGGGUUCGCUACGAGAGCCAGGUCAAGCAGCGCCAGCAGCGCGAGCUUGCCGAGUCUGUCAUUGCCAAGAUCCAGAAGGAGCUCGAGAGCCCCAAGGUUCUGCAGCAGAUUCUGCAGCAGAGCGUUGCUGAUGUUGAGCGUAUCAUGGCCUCCAAGUCCCAGUAA